UCUUUAACAUCUGCUUUUUGCCAGCGACUCGACUCAUCUUACUGCACGGACAGAUUUACGCGUUGGGACCUGGCGUCAUCUCUGGUAAGUCCAUCUACGCGCCUGUGGGGCGUGCACUGUUACGCUCUGCCAGCCUCGAAUGCGAUUUUGGCGCGUGGGACGUGGAAGCCAAGCUAGCCUGCCCUCGCUCAAAACACACAACAUACCCUUCCUACUUCCCACAACACACCUUGGUGCCCACCUUUCCUUCGCCCAUCCCCCCAUCCACCACUUCCUGUGUACAAUUGUAGCUGGACCUCUACCCCGUCCACUCAAUUACCACGCAUCUCGCGCUCCAAGGGUUCGUCUCCAUCUCGCCCGUCACGUCACCGUCGCUGCCGCAUCCCAGAGAGCGUGGCAGAGCAGCCAGCAUUCGCGAGCAUCGACCGUGGUUUUGCCUGUCGGACUGCACAUGCACACUGCGGCUCUUGAUGCUCCCGUGUUGUCAGCCUGCACACGCGCUUUUUCAAGCUUCAUCGAGCUCUGCUGACACCUCAAAACAGUGUAUCAAAACAAGUCCUACAUACGCCAUUACACACUUCAGAUAUACUCGAGCACCUGGAUACCUCUCUAGCCUUGAU